UAUCUCCAUUAUGAAAUGUUUUUAGACCAGUUUUCCAUUGAAAUGAACUGAAAAGGAAGAAUUAACUUGUAAGGUCAUGCUGACAGAACAUGUAGAAUUGACCAGAGAAGAUGCUUAUGACAGUUUUUCAGCAUCAGCAAAGUACAUAAAAAAAUAAAAUUGUUUCUUAUUGCUUUGUCACUGUCACUCAGGUCCGAUUUUGUUUCAUGGGCUCCUCGAACCGAUGCCCAUCAAGUACAAUGUGGGUAACCAACCAGCGUGGAAUACUGAGCUCACACUCUCUCUUCACAUUUGCCCUUUUCUGCCCACAGGCGGAGAUUAAUAGGAAACUCCUACCGCCAUUGGCUCACGUCUGUGCCUGUCAAACUUAACUCUCUCUGUGAUUGGCCCAAACGGCCAGUAGCGUUUCCUUAGAUGGGCGGAUUUGUAGCGCCGUGGUUGACAUUGUUGUUGUUGUGGGAGUAAGAAUGUACUUAGUCGUGAAGUCUUUUUAGGACAAGAAGCAAGACGUGUUUUUGGCAUCUACACAAGGCUGAAUACCAUAUUACCCUAAAGGAAGUGAUUUUCUGCGAAAGAAAAGCCCAGAGUGUGAGGAAAUGAGAGAGAAAUUCCGCGAGGCCGCUGGAGGUGUGGCCGAAACAGUCCUUCUGCUGUGAGGGAGAAUUGCUCUCCUGUCUUUUCUCUCUCCUGAUGCCCCCUUCUGCACUGUAAAUUCAUGAUCACAUGACUUUGGAUAUGGACGCAGUCCUGUCCGACUUUAUCCGUUCUACUGGAGCUGAACCCGGACUGGCCAGAGACCUGCUGGAGGGGAAGAAUUGGGACCUCUCGGCUGCGCUGAGUGACUUUGAACAGCUGAGACAAGUGCACGCUGGGAACCUCUCAUGCACCUUUGCUGAGGAGAGAGAAUAUGCCUCCAUUGAGCGGACAGGGCGACCCUUCGUGCAUCGCCAAGAUGAGGUUGCACAAGGUACAAAAGCACUAGAAGCCACGGAGAAGCGGUUGUCGAGGGGAAUCUCCCACGCCAGCUCCACCAUCGUAUCUCUGGCCCGCUCACAUGUGUCCAGUACGGGUGGCAGCAAUGAGUCACUUCUAGACACUCCGCUCUGCACCUUCCAGUUGCCGGACCUCACAGUCUACAGAGACGACUUCCGCGGCUUCAUCGAGAGAGACCUCAUUGAGCAGUCCAUGAUGGUGGCACUGGAGCACGCUGGAAGGUUGAACUGGUGGACUUGUUUGGGGACUGGCUGUCAGAGUUUAUUACCUCUGGCUACUAGUGGUGAUGGGAACUGUCUGUUACACGCUGCGUCACUGGGUAUGUGGGGAUUUCAUGAUCGAGACCUGAUGCUGCGGAAGUCUCUCUAUGCACUGAUGGAUCAUGGGCAGGAGAGGGAGGCUUUAAAGCGAAGGUGGAGAUGGCAACAAACCAUGCAGAACAAAGAGUCGGGACUGGUUUACACGGAGGAAGAGUGGCAGAAAGAGUGGAAUGAGUUAUUGAAACUGGCAUCUAGUGAACCCAGGAUACACUACAGCACCAAUGGCAGCAACAGUGGCGAGUCACAGGAGGAGCCAGUGUACGAGAGCCUGGAGGAGUUUCACGUGUUCGUUCUUGCUCAUGUGCUCCGCAGGCCGAUAGUGGUGGUGGCUGACACCAUGUUGCGGGACUCUGGGGGAGAAGCUUUUGCACCAAUCCCAUUUGGAGGGAUUUACCUGCCCCUGGAAGUACCAGCCAACAAGUGCCACCGCUCCCCUCUCGUUCUGGCAUAUGACCAGGCCCAUUUCUCUGCCCUGGUCUCAAUGGAGCAGAAAGACAGUUCCAAAGAACAAGUGGUGAUCCCUCUGACGGACUCAGAUCAUAAGAUGCUGCCUUUGCACUUUGCUGUGGAUCCUGGAGAAGACUGGGAAUGGGGCAAAGAUGACAAUGAUAAUGUCAUGCUAGCAAGUGUAACCUUAUCUCUGGAGGCCAAGCUCCAUCUGCUGCAUAGCUACAUGACUGUCACCUGGCUUCCUCUACCCUGUGAGGUACAGCAGGCCCCACUGGCCCAACCAGAGUCACCUACGGCAUCUGCAGGAGAGGAUGCCCGCACCCCGCCAGACUCUGGAGAGUCUGAUAAGGAAUCCGUCAGCAGCAGUUCCAAUGGCAAUGGAGACAGCAGUACUACUGGAACCAGUGGGACAACAGGCAAAACGAGUGGUGGAUCUUCCAGCUCCUCUAGCUCAUCCAGUAACAGUUCAGCAGGGACAACUGGCACAAUUGGAAAGGAGAAGGGGAAGAAAGACAAAGAAAAAGAAAAGGAUAAGGACAAGAAACGUGCAGACUCCGUUGCCAACAAGCUGGGUAGCUUUGGCAAGAGCCUGGGCAGUAAGCUUAAGAAGAAUGUGGGAGGCCUGAUGACAGGGAAGAAUACAAUUGGAACUGGACCCAAACAGGAGAGUCAAGAGAAGAAGAAAGGCUCUCUGAGAGGUCGUAAGGGCAGUAAGGACAGCUCUCCCUCUAUUCAAACCGGCUCUGAGGAAUCUGGGAAAGGAUCACCCUCCUCAACCAGUGAGCGGCAAAAUGGAAGCUAUUCUUCAGAAAGUGACCCUUUUAAGUACAGCUCUGAUGUGAAAGUGAGUCUUAGCAUCCUCCGAUCCACUAUGCAAGGCGAAAGGAAGUACAUCUUCGCUGCGCUACUUGCUACAAGCAGCCGGCAGCCAUUUCAGGAGGAAAUGAUUCAACGCUACCUGGUUGAUGCCGAGGAGCGCUUCCGUGCUGAACAGGAACAGAGAAGGGAAGCUGAACGGAAAGCGACAGGAGGUCUUGCAAUGACUGCUGGGUCCCAACUGAAAAAGGACGGGCCUGAGCUGAGUUACAGAAGUUUUGAAAGCAAAGAGGAAGUUACUGAUAACUCGCCUCCUACCUUUAAUGCUUUAAAGUCAUCAUCUUUCAGCCCGGCCAUGUACUCUGGUGUGGUCCCAAUCCCUAGGGCCACCUUCAUUGACCAUUCUCCUACCCCACUCCAUAUACAUGGUUAUUUGGAUACACGACGGCAGCUGGCAGGAGGUUCACCGUCGUCUUACCCAGGCCUACCAUCCUAUGCUACUUUGCCCCGACACUGCCCCCUAGCACAGGGCCCGCCCCAUACCCAGUACCAUCCACCCUCCAACAGCUUGGGCAGCCCAUCCCGUAUCAUCAGCCCCUGCCUGACGUCUUUUCCCCAAGAUCAUGAUCCAAUUGAUUACCAAACUGAACCUGCUGGAGGCUACACAAAUGGCUUGCGGGAUGCACGAUUCACUUUGGACAGUCGCAACGGGCCGAUGCCCGUGAGGCAUUACUCUUUAGGGAGUGCAGGUGGCCUCGCCAACCUGCAGUCCAGCAGAUGCAGAACGCCUACCUGCAAUUACUACGGUCACCCCGAGACGGGCAAUUACUGUUCGUACUGCUACCGAGAGGAACUGAAGAGACGGGAAACAGAGCCAGCCAUACACCGGUUUUGAAUGGACAAUCUCUGUCCGGUUUCUCUCCUAUAGGACUCAUUGGAGCCCACCGUGUGAGCCACAACAUAUCAUGUUUGAGUAGAUCUUGCUUUAAGACAAGUUCGGCCUUUCUGAACCAGGUAACUGAGACUCCGCGUUCACAAUGAGUGGCCAUUGUGGGAAUACGACUGCUGUUGUGUUACAUUUGCUGUGGCUCAUAGGCAGGAGCUUUAAGCUCCUCCCACAUUUGCUUGACGUGGUCAUCCUCUUUCCUGUCUCCUCCUAGUGGUGAGAAGGUAAAGCACAGGCAAUAGACAUUGGAGCACAAUGUGCUGCUGCAUCACACAAACACGCCACAUACCCCAAAAUACAUGUUAAGCACAACCAGAAAAUGCGUAUUUAUAUCCGCUGCAUUUGUAUAGGAGACAUUUCAAGUAGGAUUUCAGCUGCAAUCAAUGUAAGACUUGUCAUAUUGCGAGUGUAAGGCAAAUACGCACAGUUAACUUCAAGUGAGUUUUAUCUGCAUUGGCCCAACGCUACAAUAGUUUAACUUGUACCCUUUGAAACCAUACCCGACUGGCUUAAAUGAGCUAAAAUGGUGCUUUCUCGCUUCUAAGAUUUUCAAUUUAUGGAACUGAACCUUGAAUAGCCAAAGGUUUCGCUUUAGGUCUUCACAUGUCCAUAUUAAAAAAAUCACAGGAGUUUAUGUUCUAUUAAGUGUUUCUAGAAUAUUUAAAAGUGCAUAACUUUUCAAAUUUCUGCAAAAAAGGAAGGAAAUCAGACGUAAUUUUUCGGAAAUGGUACAUCAUGCAGAAGUGUUCUGUUGGUUACGUUAAUAAAUGAGUUUUAGGUGCUCGCAGGUCAAAGGGGGCUGAUGUUGAAACAAUUUCUGACCCCUUCAAAUGUUACUGCCCCAAAUGUUAAUGAUCGAUCACACCCAGAGCAGACAAAAUCAAGCACUUUUCUAAUGUCCAGAGCUUGUGCGUGUGGGUUUCAGACACGACAAUGAAUAGACUGUUAUGUUGCUGUGCUUCUAGUUUGACAUUUUGCUUUGUUCUAGAGGUAGAGCUUGCAGUUCCACUCGCGUGGACUGCAGAGGUCAGGGUUCGGCUGUAGGCGCCACUGCGGUGCGCAAGCUCACUUGUUUCCUAGUUGCCUUUUCAGUCUUAGUUCAGGGGGAUUGUUGAACAGAAUUUCUACUUUUGUUUGAUUUUGGAUUCGCAGUGCUGAUUAUAGUAUUUUUGAUAUUUGUGGAUGUAGAGGGAUGCUAGCAGAUCUCUCAGCAUCUCAAAUAUACAAUGCACCAUGCAUCAAGAUUUUAUCUUUUCAAUAUACUGUUACACUGUUAACCGAUAAUAAAGCCUCCGAUAAAACCAGCCAGAAAUGAAAAUACUGUUAUUAACUCAGCCUUGCACACCAUUCCAAACCUGUAUGACCGGCAAAUACAAAAGUAGAUUGUUCUUUUCCAUACAAAAAUAGUAAAUGUGGACCAUAUAACGUGUGCAGUAUAUUUCAAGUAGCCAUACAAUAACUAAUUGUAAGUAAUCGGCCAGAAGUCAUUAUUCACAGAAGGUCUUCUGCUACACCUCACCUACUGGCAAAUUUGACACCAGUGAUGACAAACAGCAUUUGGUUCUUGUGUCUUAACUGAGCACAACAUGGCAAAGUGGAUGUGCGAAUGAGAUUUUGAGAGCUACGUUGGAGAGCAAAACUGCUAAUAUAGCACACAUGCACUCAGUUUUCUGUGAAUCUGAGUCUAGAUGAGUCAAACCAGUCUGUUACAUGUCAUUUACUUGUUACUAAUUGUGCUCUGUUAAAAUGUUUAGUUACUGCGUUUUGACUUUGCACAGCAGAACAAAUGUCCCCAUUUAAUUUCAUUACAUGGAAAAGAGCAGUCUGGACAUUCUGCUAAACAUCCCAUUUUGUGUUAGACAGCAGAAAGUCACUCAUACAGGUUCAGAACGAAAUGAUGGUGAGGGAAUAAUAACAGGUUCUUCAUUUUGGGCUGAACUGUCCCUUUACCUUCUCAUUGCUCAUGUGAAAUGGGCUCUAUUGUACUGUAAGAGGAUGUUGCUGCUGUGAUCAUGUUCAUUUGAUGUGGUUAAGUGUUAGUGUGCUGCAUUGUUGGUAGAUGUAGAGCUGGUGUUGUAGUCACAGAAAACACCCUUCCGCUUCUCAAACACUCAAUGCAGAUGUAAUCAGUCGUAUGCAAAUAUUUGUAUGACUGUCAGCUCAAGGCCACAAAGUUCCCAAAUUUGCAUUACUGAUUUUCUCAAUUAAAUAUAUGCUAGGUUAGUAUCCUAACAAAAUUUCAACAUACCUCUUUUCUUCAUCUGUUAUCUCCCAUGUGUUUGAAGCUGUACAUUCUCAAAUUAGAUUCAUUUACAUUUUGAAGCACUAAAUUGUCUGUUAUCCAAGACAGAGUAAAGUUCUGCAGCAAAAUAAGAACCUGAAGGGUUGCUAGAUUUAUUUCUCACCCAAAAGACAGCAAGGUUUUUGACAUGUUAUUCACUCUUAUAACCAAUAGAUGGCACACAUGUUUAGGUUUCUUUGUUUCUCUCAUCUUUAUGUCUGAAUCAAUGCAUCCCUAAAGUGACCCUUUGAGACAGAUGACAUAUUUUCAUAGUGUAAAUAAGGGACAAGAGUAUGCUGCUGCUGCUGCUUCUUUUGGAUUCAGAAAGUAUUUUUUUUCUUUCAGUCAAGCACAUUUGAAUAUAAGCAAACAAUUAACUAAUGCAAAUGAUUUUUUAAUUUAUUUAUUUUUUUGUCUUAAGUAAGGCAUAUACCAUUUACCCAGAUUUCCACUCUGCUAAGACGUAAAAAAAAGAAUUCAGCGUGUGACCUUGUCUUUGUGUGUGCGUCUGGUAAAUUGUGCUUUUGCAAACCUAUUUGCAGCUUCAAGGCAAAAACAAGAGGAAACUGUAAAUGAAAUGACAGCUUAUGUUCUCUUUCCAAUGUACUCAUCGCUUGCGUUUAACGGAUUCAGUUAUUUAAUGAAUGGAAAGCUCAUUCAGCCACCCCGAGUGUUGGACUUCAAUAAGAGUGCAAACAUUUUUGUAUUAAGAAAUAAAAAUGUAUAAAUACGUUCAAGUUAUUUUUGUAAAUCAAGCACAGUUUUACAGUGUUUUUUUAAAGAUAAGAAUGUAUGCUGUAGGACCGUCAGCUGAGUUGGUGGUGGAGUCAGUAUUCUGGAGCGUAUGGCGAGAAGCCUCUUAAAUCUGAGUGUUUCUUGUGAACAAAAUAAUUUCUCCAUCAGUGAUCUGACAAGGUAUGAUUUGAAAAUAUAUAUUUGUAGUAAGAUUUUUCAAAAGUUUGGGAUGUUUAGUUCUGAAACUAGGAUGUUCUUUCUUACUUGCUAGUUGUCAAACAGACGGGCCUCCUGAAGUUUCUUAAUUUCUAUUUUAAAGCAAUUAUGAUACUUAAUUACAUUUCGAGUACAUUUUUUAAUGAUUGUGGGUGUGUCCACCAUCAGUUUUCACACACUAAAUUCUCUUAUUUAAUACAGUGGGCUUUGUUUUGUUAUGAUAUAGCUUACUAUUUUUAUAUGGUAUGUUUUCAUGGAUGUGACAGAGCUACAGUCAUCAGCAUUCUCAGAUUUGCAUGAGACUGAAACUGUUGCAUGUACAGAACUGGCAGAUGCAAUUUAUCUAAUUAAAUUUGUGCAUUACUUCAGGUUCAUUGGGCAAUUUGUGUUUGUUUUCAGCUGUUUUACCUUUCUCCUUGUUUGAAAGGUGACCCCAGGCUGUGUGAGAGUGCAAUCUAGGUGGAAAGAACAUCUGAUUUUUAUGUUAGUUUUAUUUUAUUUUUUUCUUUUGUUUUUUGCACCGUUUUAAUAAAACUCUCAUUGUAUUUAAA